AAAACCCUUCCCUAACAAUUAUCUGCACCAGAUCAACUAACCAUGCUGGCUGGCUUCGUUGUGCCCCACGCGCACUACCGCGUGUUCCACGGGAACCCCGCGGCCGACUCGCAGUAUGCGGCACGCAACGACCAGUUCCCCUUAGCUCUGAACCCCCGUCGCGUGGAGAGCUCCCCCACCGACCUCCAUCUGCGCGAGUUCGCCCAGCUCGAGGUCCAAGUCAAGGCUCUGCAAAUACAAUCAACCAACCCUGCCUCCGCGGCGGGAUCUCUAGCCGAGUGUUUCCUGUUCUACUCUAGACUAUUCACAGUCGAGUCAUUCUCGUGGCCAGAUUUCCUAUCCGCCGUGUUCACCAAGUUAGCCGAGCACUUUGCUAUAAGUGAGAAUGACAUCGCGCGAAGCGCUAUCCUGAGAGUCUUCCAACGUGCAAAAAGUCACGUGGCACAAGUGAACGAUUCCAACAAGCUACUAACCCACCUCACAGGUCCUUUAACGCAUCCUACCAGUGUCACAACACGGACAUUAACGCUCCAGGUGGUGGCCACGAUGCCCUCCCUACUUGUCCACGACACGACAGUGCAGCAGCAGAUUCUCAAGGGGAUUUCUGCUGACGAUCACGAUGAACGCCGCGCUGCAAUUGAAGCAGCGAGUGCAUUUCUACCACUAUCAUCUUCCUUUAAGAACGACGCGCUGACAUUAACUCUGGAGGACAAGACGACGGUGUUGUGCUGCUUGUUGGCGGAUGCAGUGGCGAACUCUACGGAGGCGCAGCAAGCCUGGACUCACUGUGCAGAACUGUACGAAAGACUUGCUGAUGACAAGAGUGCAGUGGCGAGUUUACGUGCCAUGACUAUGCUGACUGCUGCGUAUCCUGGUGUUUUAAUGGAGAUGCACGGACAAGUGCUGCAUCAUGUACUGGAUCAAGACCCGCGUGCGAUAGUGCAUAAUUUCACGUUGCUAGUAACUCAACAACUCGUUGCGAAGCAAAGCGAAAACAACGAACAGCUAGCAAGUGUUCUGGAAGGUGUUUUUGCAAGGAUUGAAAGCCAAGGUAAACCUAGUUUGCGCAUCAAAUUAUCAGCUCUGCUACUGCUUGAAAAGUGGUCGAAGCAGCACGAGUUAGGUGACAAGGCUGAAGCUUUACUCAAGGAAGCCAAGAAACUGCUCGCUGUUGCCAGGGAUGCGCGAUUCGGAGAGGUUUACACUUCUAUCAUCGCGAAUAUCGCUCGUCAGAAGCUCGCAGCUGACGGGUCAGAGCACAGUGUCGAUGAAUUGCUGUUCUUAUUGCAUCCACGAGCACCCGUGGCUGCCAAGAGCACAUGGAACUACGCAUUGGCAGCCAUCGCUCAACUCAGCCAGGAAUUCUCCGACCAUCUCGCCACAUAUCUAGCUCCACGUUUAAUCGAGCUGCUGUCAAUCCUAGCUGAUAGUAACAUGGACGCUAGUGUCAUCAAAGCUCGCAGAACGUCCAUCUUCAAGGCCCUCGGGGAUCAACUUCGACCACCAAACUUCGACUUGAUCAACAAGGAGCUGUCUACGUUGCUAAAGGAACUCUCCAGUGUCAACCGAACGGAUGCUGCGUAUCUACGGGCUGUGGUAGCUACAUUCUUCCUCUGGACACAAGAGCUGACCGUCGCUAAAGAAGACGGCGAGAUCAGCAAGAUGAUCUCUACAUUCGAGCGACAACUGCUUAAUUCUGAGCACUACGAGACUCACGCAGAUCGGUACGAGAUGGCCAAGCUGGCGAUGUUACGAGGACGGUUCACGUUGGCUUCUCAGUUGCUGGAGGUUGUUGCAGCGAAGACUGAUAGCGAGUGCUUUGGUGGCUGGCUGCACGCUCUACAGACGAUGAGUGGCGCUGAGUCCCGCAUAUCAACAGAUCAAUCAGUGCACCUCGAUAGCCUGCAGUUGCUAGCCCGUGCUAGUACGUACUUGCAAGCGGCACGUACGUCAAGUUUUCGCUUCGAUCUCCAGCUCCACCUGCUUUCUCUCCGACUGGAAUGGGUACAACUUGUGCAGAGUACACAGCAGGUAGCAGGAGAGGCUGCAUACACCAAUUCACCGGGUAAUCCUGUGGGACGAGAGGGCCAAUUGAGCAAGCAAUUACGUGCUCUUGCGCACAAGUUUAACGUGCUACGUGGUAUGCUGCUCGGUGCCGAUCAGCGAGACCUGGACGCUCUUCAAGCUCACACCAGCUCGUGUAAUUUAUUGGCGUCAGCGGUCGAAGGGUUUUUGUUGCUACGAUCUCCAAACUCCAUCGACUUUCCGACAGAAUGGGGAUCUCAGUGGAGUUUACAAGUGUUGAAGACGUUGAGUGAAGAUGUACGAGGAAAAUUGGAUCGCGUUGCCAAGCUCUCACCUUCUCGUCAACCAGGCGUUGGAGCCCACGUACUGCAGCAACUUUUGGUGGCGUUAUGUGCUGUCCCUCCGGUGUUGCCGAAGCUUUUCUUCUGCUCUCGACUACGCACUGAACAGCGUCUUCUCUCCAGUGCGCAGUUUUUAACUUAUGCAGAGAACACGGCAUUCACAGCCAAGCCACGCUCUCGCUCACAACUUGGCGUGUCACUGGGCACUGAUUUCGUUAGUGUGUUGAAAGGGGUGCUUGCAGUUUCGCGCAGUGCUCGAAAUUACUGGAUUAACCGAGCAGAAGCUGUUGAAGUGGAGGUGCUCGUGUGCUUAGCUGAUGCUGGAAUCAAUACUGGGAGCUCCUCGAUCUAUGAACAAGCGAGUGGGAUGGCAGACGAGAAGCUCGUGCAACACCGAAUGACAGUCAUUCUACCAAUUGCAUGGGAUCAAGUUACGACAGCAGCUGAAGAUAAUCGGACAAUGCUGUACCUGCCGUUCGAGACGCCAGUGCAUGUGAAGGCUGCGAAUUUGACAGUCAAAGGGUCUUUCACGUUGGUAGCAAAACUCGCAUUAGUGGAUCGACGAGGCGACAAGUGGCCUCUGGCUGCUACUGGUUGUCGACGAGGCUUCAUAGUUUACUGAAAAUUCUACAUAAACGUAGACGAGUGGAAGUGUUCUAAACUACUUGGGCUAAAGUUUACCGUGCGCACUCGAUUCAGUACUACCAUUCAAAGGUAGCGUAAAGGGGGCGAUGUUGUAGCUUCGCUGCUCCAGUCAUGUUGGAGAAGACGUUUCCAUAUCUUGUCAUUGAAUGGGCCUAAGGAGAGCAGUUGUACUGAUGAACAGGAACUAUGAAGCGAGCUAUUAUCUUUGAACUUGAAUACUACGAAUCUUCCAUUUGUCAUCUGUUAUCUGC